AUGCAUGAUCCAACAAGACAACAACAAGCGCAGAAGGAAGACCAGUUUAAUCCCACAAAGAUUACCACAGGCUGUGCUGGUGUAAAUAAUGAUAAGUUGAAUCCAUUGAUGGCUAUUGUUCCAGUAGUUGUAAAAGCCAAAUCCAGUGAAGAGUGCAUAGCUACGUAUGCCUUUGUGGACAACGGAUGUGGUGCUGUGUUUGUUGAUAAUGAAUUAAACGUACGACUUAAAACUAAAUCCAAACCAACAAAAUUAGUGCUGAAGACAUUGAACCUGGAACACAUUCUCCAAACUGAUGUAGUGAUCGAUGAGCUACAAAUUGCAAGUAUGGAAGGAGAUUCUUUUAUUGAUUUACCACCAGUGUAUGUUAAAGACAGCAUACCAGUAACCAUGAAGGAUGCUCCGACCCAAGAAGAGAUAAGAAAAUGGAGCCAUCUUAAACAUAUAAGAUUACCGAGCCUAAAAGGUAAUGCAAUUCCGCACGUUACGAUGAUGAUUGGAAUUAACGUACCAGCAGCUUCGACUCCACUAGAAGUAAUUAGACGCAAGCUUGGUGAACCAUAUGCUAUCAGAACACAUUUAGGUUGGCUUGUGUAUGGUCUGUCUGGUAAAUUAUCCAACCAACCAGAAGUGAAUGUCAACUUCUGCCGGAUAGAUAACUCGACUUUGAGUAAUGGAAAUGAUUUGUUGGAACAGCAGUUGAAGUCUUAUUUCAACAUGGAAUUUGUCGAGAGACUAAGUAGCGGUCAGCGUCUCCCAUCUGUGGAGGACAAGAAGUUCAUGCAGAUUAUGGAUGAAUCCGUAAUUAAAAUAGAUAGGCGUUACCAACUAGCCUUACCGCUUAGAAGCAGGAAUGUACAGCUCCCUAACAACAGGAUGCAAGCAGAAUUGUAUGCCUCACGCUUAAGAGAGAAGCUGAAGAAGAAUAAGCAACUCCAUGAAAAAUACACAGAGUUUAUGUCCAACUUGGAAAAGAAGGGUUAUGCAGAAAAGGUACCCGAUACUGAACUUACAAGAAACGAUGGUCAAGUGUGGUAUAUUCCCCACCAUGGGGUUUUCCACCCUCGUAAACCAGAGAAACUGAGGGUCGUGUAUAACUGUCCUGUGCAGUUUAAUGGAGUGUCCCUCAACAGUCAAUUAUUGCAGGGACCAGACAUGACAAACUUAAUGUAUGGAGUCCUCUUGCGAUGGCGUGAAGAACAAAUCGCACUAAAAGCUGACAUAGAAUCAAUGUUCUACCAGGUACGUGUACACCCUAAAGAUUGUGACAUGCUGAGAUACCUAUGGUGGCCGGAUGGUAACCUUAAAAAAGACAUGAUCGAUUAUCGUAUGCUUGUUCACCUGUUUGGAGCAGUUUCUUCGCCGAGCUGCGCUAACUAUGCACUCAGAAAGGCAGCUUCAGAUGCAGAAGGAACAUACAGUGAACAAGUAAUUGAUGCCAUCCGGAAGAACUUUUAUGUGGAUAAUUUGUUAAAAUCAGUCGUCAGCCAUGAAGACGAAGCGAUCACUUUGGUAAAAGAAAUGUGUCAGAUCCUAGGAGAGAGUGGGUUUAAUCGAACAAAGUGGACAAGUAACAGUAGAGAAGUCCUACAGACCAUUCCUGAAGAACACAAAACCAAAGAACUAAAAGGAGUAGAUAUUCAUAGAGAUGAGUUGCCAAUGGAGCAAGCUCUUGGAAUAAAAUGGUGUGUAGAGACAGAUCAACUAGAGUUUGACUGUGGAGAGGUAGACCAGAAACCUACUAGAAGAAAUAUCUUAUCAGCGGUGAGUGCAAUCUACGAUCCACUAGGUAUCUGUUCUCCAUAUGUUCUAAAGGCCAAAAAGAUACUGCAAUCUUUGUGUGUCAAGAACAUAAGUUGGGACGACCCUAUACUAGCCAAACAACAGAAAGCUUGGAAAGAAUGGGCAGAGGACCUUCCAAAUAUAAACAGUUUAAAACUAAGCAGAUGUCUCAAACCAAAGAAUGCCCAGCUCCACCAUUGUGCAGAUUUUGCAGUCUAUAUGGUUAUGGCAUAG